AGAGGAUCGAAACGUCUAAUUAUUUAAUAAUUGUUUGUCAAUUAAAUUAAAUUAAUUCUCACACGAACAUCUUGUGUUGGCUCUUACGGCAUUUAUUCAUAAUAUUGAUUUAUUCUGUAUUCCAAAAAUUCGCUGCCAGCGUUAAAAAUUUAUAGUUUAUGUCACGUGCACUAUAGAUUUUCAGUGCUGACAGUAAAUUUUGGAACACAGCUUUAAAUCUCUGAUAUAAACUGGAAUUACUUCCAACUUCCACGAAUGUUUCGUGAAAAUAGCAAAAACUAACGAAAUCUGAUAGCUUCGUAUGUAACACAUGCAUACAACCGCAUAUGUAUGUAUAUACAUAUAUGCACACGAAUCUACAUUCCGUUGUUUACGCGAAGCCACCAUAGGCCACAGGUGAUUCGGUGUUGUAUGUAUGAGAACUGAGAACGUGUGCUUUAAGGAUCAGAAACGGAAACGCUCGUCGAGGAUUCGAAGCAAACGAAAGAUUUGUGAUGUUGACAGGUACGACACCAUGCAUAAGAAUGGACCACCACCUCCUUACGAACCACCACCUUAUGCACCACCCGCUUACUCUCAGAAUGUAGGAGGCGUUCCUCCAGCUAGUCCAUUUACACCAGCGCAAACUUAUGCAAAUGGUCCCACUAUAGUCACAACUAUUGUACCACUUGGGCCUCAACCUACUCAUACAAUUUGUCCACAUUGUCAUGCUGAAAUAGAUACAACGACAAAAACUGAACCUGGCAUGAUUGCUUAUAUCUCAGGUGUCAUCAUAGCACUGCUGGGAUGUUGGUUUGGUUGCUGCUUGAUUCCCUGUUGCAUCGAUGAAUGUAUGGAUGUUCAUCAUACCUGUCCAAAUUGUAAAGCUUAUUUGGGACGUCAUAGAAGAUAAGUGGAUUGUAUUAGUACAUCCACGUGUUGCAUUUGAAUGUUGAAACAUCUACGAUACUACGUAGUUCAAACGCGAUUCCAAUGAAUAUGUUGAAUUUGAUUUUGACUUGAAACAUUUUGGAAGAUGGCUCUUUAUAAGAGAGAUGUGACGAAAGAUGUAGCAGCUUCAAUUAUAUCGAUUCAAUUAAAUCUUUAUAACGAAGAAUGCACAUCAUCUAAAUAAUUAUACAAUUCUAUGUAAUUUUUUAACCUCUAUACAAUAACUUUAUUGCACACAAUUUGUUAUAAUCUCUUGCAUAGUUUUUAUAAAGAUAUUUUUUAUUUUUCAUGAAGCUGAUAAAAUAGUGUGCAAGAUUUUUAGUAGCAGAAAACGUGUCACUUCAAAACAUUUGUAUGCUCAUGAAAAGACACUUCCAUAUCAAUAGAUUGUGCUUCCACAAUAUUGAUAGAUCUACAUCCUUAUUACUAACGUAAAUAUGUAUCGUAGACUAUCUGCAGCAUUGAUUUUUACUUUGUUAUUAAUCAUGAUUUAUGCCAAUUUUUGAUUCAGACGUUAAGGCUCCUGACUCCUUAGCCGAGAAC